ACAUCCUUCUACAACUGCAUAGCAAGACGCUCAAGGUAUAUUGUUCUGCUGCCUACCUGCUGCCCCAUGAAGGCCGGAGUAGCGGCUCUCGCAGCCGGGAUCCUCGGCGGCACCGGCGUGUUGCUCUUCCUCAUCGCGUUUGGGACGGAUUACUGGCUUCUGGCUACGGAGACCUGCGGCAUCUUCGAGCGUGGGAAUAGCACUCUGCAGGCUGGGGAGGCUGAAACGCUGACAGAGGUCAGGAAGGAGAUCCUCACUUUCCAUCACGAGGGCUUCUUCUGGCGGUGCUGGUUCUUUGGCGAGGGCCACCCGGAGACCAUCUGGACCUUCUGGUACACCAGUCAAGCACACCCCAAGUUCUGCAUGCAUGGCUACCUCUUUCCGCUGCCCAUUGCUCCUGGACCUUUCCCCCAUCCUUCCUAUGACACGACCGCAGUGUACAGAGGCUUCUGGACGGCGUUCAUCAUGCUGGCAGUUGCCGCCGGGCUGGUGGGAGGGCUGCUGCUGGUGUGCGGCGUGCCCUUUGUCAGCCCCCGGUCCUACAAAGUCGGAGGCGGAUUCCUCCUCGCCUCGGGAGGCUUAUUUCUCCUGCUCAUAUUUCUGUUUGUGAUGUGGAAGGAGUUUGCUGCUGAUUUUCAGAAGUACAUCCUUCUGGAGAGAAGUGAGAAGUGCAUGGACGAUGUACCCGUGCACGUGUACUACGGGUGGUCGUUCAUGUUCGCCGCAGCGGGGGUGCCCCUGGUUUUACUGUCCGGACUCCUCUUCUACCUGGUCGGCAGAGACAUUAUGAAGUCCCUGGAGUAAGACAAAUUUGGAGAAGGCCUUUGAGAAAAAUUGGUGAUGCUCCUUGUAAUGAAACGUAUGCAAGUUUGAGGACUCGAUCGUUUUUGUAGCUACAAUUGUCAGCGUAGGUGCAUGAUUACACUCACUCACGGGGAGGCAGGGAUGGAGCACUGAGCAUCCAACCACUGUCAGUCCAAAACCAGCCCCAGCUGAGUGUCCAGCUCCAACAUUUUUACACUUUGGAGAAAUUUAGACAUGUCUAUAUGUUUUACAUCAGUUUUUUUUGAACCGUUUUUCUCUGCAGCCCAAGGAAGAGCCUUCGCUGUGAAAAGCAGCUCCCCCCGGCUGCCAGCGGAGCCCUGCAUCCAUAUUCAGCAGAGCUGGAGUUUUAUACUGUUCCCAGCACCCUUGUUUCUUGUAAAAGGUAAUCGAAUCUGGCUGUGAUGGUGUACGCUAUAAUGUCUAUUUCUGAAAAGCAAUUAAGGAUGAUUUUUUUUUUUAGCUGGGUCUAAUUGACGUCAAAGGACAACCAUUUUAAUGGGAUGUCGGGAAACAUGAGAAACUUUUUUUUUCGUUAAAAGCCCUGAUUCUGAAGAUACAAAUGUACCUGGACCUAACCUAACUUUCAAUAAGUGAAUAAACUAAUUUGGGUGGCAUGAAACCUAACAUGAAUUUAUUAGUAUUUCUUUACAGUACCACAUUGCUCUGCAUUUAAUAUUUUCUCCGGAAGCAAUGUUGUGGCGAUUCUCAACCCCAAACCAGAAAGGUGUUCAGAACUGGGGGAAAGAGAGUGGGAACUAUAGCACUGUUAUUUUUUAUUUUGUUUGUUAUGGUAGACCAUGGGACUUUGCUGUAUUCUACAGAUGUAACACAAGAGUCAGCUCCAAAGAGACAAAUUAUAUACCAUUUAGAUACUUUUAAAUUCUUGCAGUGGCUCAGGUGUACAUUGACUGACAGAAUGUGGUGGUCCUACGAAGAGUUAUGCAUGUUAAUUCUACACCAAACUAUCGAGGUAUUGAGGUGAAGUAAUUUAUGCUGCAUAUGCGGAGGUUUGUAAAGACACUUGAGAAAUGACAAAGAUUUGAGCUUGUCGUGUUUUUUGGGCUGGAUUUUGAUGCUUUGAAGUAGUUUGUUGGGCCCUUGCUUGCUGAAGUCAUUUGCAUAAAUUUUAAAUCAAACUUCCUAAAAAUACACGCUUUUCUCACGAAUGUCAUAGUUUGUGCUAAACAUAUAUCUCCCAAGCUUUAUGUCAUACUAUUGACUCAGUGUAGUUAAUUAAUAAGGUAAUGUAAAUCUCUCCUAGAAUGCAGUGAAGAUUGUUGGCAGUAUAGAAAUGUUUGUUAAUGCUCUUCCUAAAAUACUGUUCAAGUCUGGCGUUUCUUUCCUUUUGGAGCAAGUUCUAAUUAUUAUUUUACAAGAUUCAUGACAAACAUAGAGUGAGAAACUGUAAUUCCCACAUGUAAAGAUUAGUUCUUUCAUAUGAAUAAUAGGCUCGGUCUACAGUUCUUAAGCAAAAUUCACACUGUUUUCCAUUAAUAGAAAAUCUGUUUGAACAGAAUCGGUAUAUAGAGGUAAAAGGGAAGGUUUUUUUCCCAGUGAAUGGAUGUUUCAUGACAUUUACAAACACACAGAUAUUUUAGUGUUUUAUUUGGCCAUUCUAAACUGUUCUUUUCAUGGUAUCUCCUUGGGUUAUACCUGUGCCCCAUCAGUUCUCCAAGUGAUAAUUUCUCACUAUAAAUUCCCUUUGAAUAAUUUUUGUCAUUUAAUUAUCUAUUCGGUGUAGAGAUGAACACUUAUGGUCACAAAGAAUAAAAGUAUAUAAUCCAGGAGCAGAAGAGGUCAAGAUUUACAGUCACUUGCCUUUCCCUGAUCCCAUAAAACAAUCCAAGCAUGCAGAAAUGAUGAUCCCAUAAGAGACACCAGGGCAGAAGAAUGAGAAUGCAGCAAGAAAUCCAUCAGACUUAUUGAUAUCUAUGAAGCUGAGGAUCCCUGAAGUUGUGAAUAUAGAAGUGAGUUUUAUAUUAUAGAAUGAAAUAUUUAUUAACUUUCUCCAUCUGUUCUUUAAAAAAUUUAGUUUAAUGUCAUCAAGGCAUUUAUGGAAUACAUUUAGCUUAAUCAUGCAUUCAUGCCUUAGGGAGUAAACCAUCCCUGGAGACUUGUUCAUUCUGGAUCACCUCUAGAACAAGCAAUAGUUUAAAACUCCAUCAUUCUUUUGAAAAACACUCGACUUGGAAUCAUUCUUGAAUGGAGGUUUUUUAAAAAAACCCUAUGAUAUUGAGCAUACUGUAAUAGUCACAACAAUAACGAUACAGAGAAUGAGAUUAUAGACUAGCAUAACUAAAUUAAUUACCUCCUCUGUUAAAAUGCAACACUUGUAGGCAGUACAACUGUUAACCAAACACAUCAUUUUGGUGGGAUGAAGAGACUAAUUCCUUUGCUCUCAAAUUACUUGUGGCAAAUAUAACUCAAGCAGACAAAAUUUCGUGUGCGAAUCAUCUUUUCUGGAGGAGAAAUUUCAAAAAACAAGCUAAUGGACUCAGUGGUAGGGUUUGAAAUUGCAGAAACCACUGUCUCUUUCAUCUGUUGAAUGUGAAGAAGUUUGAUGAAAGGAUAUUACAGAGUAGUGACAAGGACCUAAUUCUGAUCCAAGUUUUGUCAUUAUAAAUCAUGAGUAAUUCCAAAGACUGCAGUAGACCCUUAUCAC